UUUCAUGCACUUGCUCUUUGCCUCACCUACUCAUUUCCAGUGAGGAUGGACUGUUCCUAAAAGUGUUCAUCUGAUCUGACGGAGAUGGAAUGUGAUGAUUUGAGAACAAUGAAGACUAGCUGAAAGACGGUGAGGAGAGACGCCACAGGCUGCUCUACAGCUGCUCCUGCUGUCUCUCUGCACUGUACUGUAACCAUGGCGAUGCUCAGCGUACCACUGGUGGCUGUCUCCUGCAGCUUCCUGGUGUUCCAGUGGCUGUUCCAUAGAGUCAGCCCGAGGCUGUUUCCGUGGCUCUGCCCUGCCUUCGCCUGUCUACCACACUCCUGCAGGACGGAGUGGAACGCCAGAGCAGUAUCCACGGUCCACGCUCUUGUAGUGUCUCAGUUCAGUCUCUAUAUAUUUCUAUUUGAUGAAGCCAUCAACGAGAGCCCUAUCUGGGGAGAUCCAACCUGGGUGAAGCUCAACGUUGCCAUAACAACUGGAUACUUACUCUCAGAUUUGCUCAUCAUGUUUUCGUCUUGGGAGAUUAUUGGGGACAAACUCUUUGUGUUGCAUCACCUAGCGGCUCUGUAUGCGUACUCAUAUGUGCUGGACCAAGGCAUAUUGCCCUACUUUGCCAACUUCCGCCUUUUAUCAGAGUUCUCCACCCCUUGUGUAAAUCAGCGGUGGUUCUUCAAAGCGCUGGGUUACCCAAAGACCUCUGUGCCAAACCUGGUCAAUGGUGCGUUGAUGGCAGCCAUGUUUUUCUUGGUGAGGCUUGCUGUGCUUCCUGUCUACUACUAUCGUGUGUUUGGAGUCUAUGGCACACAAGCCUACUACCAGCUGUCCACAGGGGGGCGUUCGGCAUGGUUGCUGUCCAGCCUGUGUCUUGACGUGCUGAACAUGCUCUGGAUGUGGCGUAUCUGGAAGGGAUGCCUGCGGGUCCUCCACUCCUACAGAGGGGUCAGGGGUCAACCUGGCUCCAAGACACACUGAAGAGCAAUGAAGGACAAGAACUGUAUAGCUUCAACGUCACUGGAAUGUUGUGAUGUGAAUCUAUGUUUCGGCAGACAAGAACUGUAGCUUCAAUGUGGUUGUGAUAUUAUGAUGUGAGUCUAUGUUUCAGGGUGUGUGAAAAGAG